AUGUCUGUAAGGGCUCUAAAAAGUAAGGCAAAACGAGGUUUGAGACACAAUCCCUGUGUUGCUUACUUUUUAUCAUCGAGCAUUGCUGAUGUAUUUGAAUUGUAUUCUGGUCUCUUGGUUCGUUGUCUCAACGGAUUUGGUGUUGAUCCAACACUGCUGCACCCUGUAGCCUGUAAAAUACGAUUUUUUAUUGUGGCUGUGGCUGAUGUGGCACAUUUAUGGUUCCUUGUAUUAACUGUCACCAUAUGUAUACUGCCGAUAUCAUUAAGCAAACUUUACCAAACACUGACAAUCUCAAUAACAACAAAAUCGCCCAUGAGAUUAGCUAUUGAAGGUUUCAUCUUUCAAUUUACAAUUAUCGUAUCAUAUACCAAUAACAGUAUCGUAUUUUUCAUUUAUACAUUAAGUGGUAAAAUAUUUCGACAAGAAUUGCUGAGAGUUCUUGAACGACAAUCAAUCAUCACACCUUCGAUGCAGAAAACAACAACCACAAGAAUGAGAAUACAACAUAUUCAAUGA